CCGUGGGGGGAGGCCGCGGGGGCGGUGCCUCCACCGCCGUACGCGUGAGCUCAGCGCGUCGCGGAAACCAACGGCCCGGGUGCCGCCCCCCCCAGCGGCGGGCAGGACCCGCCCCGCCCCGCCCCGCCCCGCCCCGCCCCGGCCCCGGCAGCGCCGCCCCCGCUGUUCCCCACACACACACGCACACAGGGAGUCGCUUCCUGCGCGAGGCCGGGCCCGGGCGGGCGGAACGGUGGCGCUUCUUCCCUUCGACUCGCAGGUGCUGGGGGGAAUUUCUCUGAAGAAUUUGCUGGAAGCGGAUACAAGUGAAUUUUCUGCAUGAAGACUCUCAAACUGGAUUACGUAAUAAUAUGCCUGUAUCCUCUGACUCUAUUAUUGUGAUCCUUAAAAGUGCUUAGGGUUGUAUAUGAAAUUUAACCCAUUUCUGAUGAGUGACCUAGACAUGAGUUUACAUCGGCAAAUGGGCUCUGAUCGGGACCUCCAGUCUUCUGCUUCCUCUGUGAGCUUGCCAUCGGUUAAAAAGGCACCAAAGAAAAGAAGAAUUUCAUUGGGCUCUCUCUUUCGGAGAAAAAAAGACACAAAACGCAAGUCUAGGGAUUUAAAUGGAGGUGUUGAUGGAAUUGCAAGUAUUGAAAGUAUUCAUUCAGAAAUGUGUAUGGACAAGAACUCAAUUUUCUCCACAUGUACCUCUUCUGAUAACGGAACAACCUCUAGCAGCAAACCAAGUGGAGACUUCAUGGAAUGCCCCUUGUGCCUUUUGCGGCACUCCAAGGACAGGUUCCCGGAGAUAAUGACUUGUCACCAUAGAUCUUGUGUGGAUUGCUUGCGUCAGUAUCUCCGGAUAGAAAUCUCCGAGAGCAGAGUUAAUAUUAGCUGUCCAGAAUGCUCAGAACGAUUUAAUCCUCAUGACAUUCGUUUGAUAUUAAACGAUGACAUCUUGAUGGAAAAAUACGAAGAGUUUAUGCUUAGGCGAUGGCUGGUUGCAGAUCCUGAUUGUAGGUGGUGCCCAGCUCCAGAUUGUGGAUAUGCUGUGAUCGCUUUUGGAUGUGCCAGCUGUCCCAAACUUACGUGUGGACGAGAAGGCUGUGGAACAGAGUUUUGCUACCACUGUAAGCAGAUUUGGCAUCCCAACCAGACCUGCGAUGCUGCUCGCCAGGAGAGAGCUCAAAGUCUGCGCCUGAGAACAAUUCGUUCUUCAUCUAUUAGUUACAGCCAGGAAUCUGGAGCAGCAGCUGAUGACAUAAAGCCAUGCCCACGCUGUGCUGCUUAUAUAAUAAAAAUGAAUGAUGGAAGCUGCAAUCAUAUGACUUGUGCUGUCUGUGGCUGUGAAUUCUGUUGGCUGUGUAUGAAAGAGAUCUCAGAUUUACAUUAUUUAAGCCCAUCAGGUUGCACAUUUUGGGGAAAGAAACCAUGGAGCCGUAAGAAGAAAAUAUUGUGGCAACUAGGGACGCUUGUCGGAGCUCCUGUAGGAAUUGCCUUAAUCGCUGGUAUUGCUAUUCCUGCUAUGAUUAUUGGAAUUCCCGUGUAUGUGGGACGUAAGAUUCACAAUCGAUAUGAAGGCAAAGACAUUUCAAAGCACAAGCGAAACUUGGCUAUAGCAGGUGGUGUAACCUUAUCUGUAAUUGUUUCUCCGGUUGUAGCUGCAGUAACUGUAGGUAUUGGUGUUCCUAUUAUGCUGGCUUAUGUGUAUGGAGUUGUUCCAAUUUCCCUCUGCCGAAGUGGGGGCUGCGGUGUGUCAGCAGGCAAUGGAAAAGGUGUCCGGAUAGAAUUUGAUGAUGAAAAUGAUAUAAAUGUUGGUGGAACAAAUGCAGCUGUAGAUACCACUUCAGUAGCAGAGGCACGUCAUAACCCCAGCAUAGGCGAAGGAAGCGUCGGAGGACUGACUGGCAGCUUGAGUGCAAGUGGUAGCCACAUGGACAGAAUAGGAGCCAUUCGAGACAACCUAAGUGAAACUGCUAGUACCAUGGCCCUGGCUGGGGCUAGUAUAACAGGGAGUCUCUCAGGAAGUGCGAUGGUUAACUGCUUUAACAGGCUGGAAGUACAAGCAGAUGUCCAGAAGGAACGGUACAGUCUGAGUGGAGAAUCUGGCACAGUUAGCUUGGGAACGGUUAGUGACAAUGCCAGUACCAAAGCAAUGGCAGGAUCCAUUCUGAACUCCUACAUCCCUUUGGACAGGGAAGGCAACAGUAUGGAAGUGCAAGUGGAUAUUGAAUCAAAGCCAGCCAAAUUCAGACACAACAGCGGAAGCAGUAGUGUUGAUGACGGCAGCGCUGCAGGUCGUAGUAAUGCCUGUUGUUCCUCAGCCUGCUUGCCAGAAAGCAAAUCUAGUGCCACCAAGUGGUCCAAAGAAACAACAGCAGGAAAGAAAUGUAAAGGUAAACUGAGAAAGAAGAGUAGCAUGAAGAUAAACGAGACAAGAGAGGACAUGGAUGCUCAGCUGUUGGAACAACAAAGCACAAACUCCAGUGAAUUUGACUCUCCCUCUCUUAGCGAUAGCAUUCCAUCUGUAGCGGAUUCUCACUCAAGUCAUUUUUCUGAGUUUAGUUGCUCGGAUAUGGAAAGUAUGAAAACUUCCUGUAGCCACGGUUCCAGCGACUAUCAUACUCGCUUCACCACAGUCAGUGUUCUCCCAGAGGUGGAAAAUGAUCGCUUGGAAAACUCUCCACAGCCAAGUGGAAUCCCUGUGCCUGUUCCAACAGCCCCAAGCACUGAUGUUCCACAGCUGAGUUACAUUGCUGAGGAAAGCAUUAAUAAUGGAUCUUCGACGGAUGUAGAUUUAGGUGUUGGUGAAGCACUGAAAGAAACAAACAACAACCAUUCACAACAUGCUGUGGAAUUAAGCACUGCUAUUCAGACUGAAAUUUAAGCCUGUAAGUGCUGCAAAAAUAUACUUACCACUAAAGAACCCUGUCUGAAAGCUGGUUGAAUUACAUGCGACUUCCCUAAGUCUCAGGUGACCAGCAGAAGCAAGGUUUUGAUACAACUGCAUUUUAUAUAUACUUGUCUGAUAAGGUGAAAUACUUCAUGUGGAUCUUAGACCUGUGUGAAGAGACAUGAAGGCUUUAACCAAGUGCAUUACAGCAGUACAAAUACGUCCAUGUUUUGUAUUUUUGCCACAACUUUGCUUGAAAGCAUAUUCUUGAUGUAUUUAGAUAAAAAUUGGUAAAUUCUUAAUAUGUUAAAUGCUGAAAUGAAUAAUACGUGCUGCACUGUUCACUUGGAAAACAUGGGUUUUCGGAUAAAUGGGUGUUAGCUGAGCGUUAGUGACUUAAAACCAUUCUUGUGUGAACUCUAUUUAAGGGAAGCAAAAGUUUUGCAGAGACCUGUACAAACAUAUUUCAGCAGUGAAUAUUGGUAAUGAUAACUUUGGUAACUGGACGUGCCGUAUUUAGAAUGCAUGUAGAAUGAACCGCAUUAUCUUCCGAGGGAUGUAGCCUGUGUCAGAAGCGUUUGUAUGUGUGUACACUUUGAGCAAGGUUAUGGCAUUUUACGUAAUUUUGAAACAGAAGAAAUUGGUACUUAAUAUAUGGUGGAGUGGAGGCGUCACCUGUGAAGAACAGUGGGGUUACUUAUUUAUUCAUGCAACCAACCAUGCAGCAGACAAGGCUACUAUAUAGUGUAUAAAAACUGUAAAAUAACAAUCCAGUGAUUUAUAAGCAUCGUAGAAAAGCAGAUGCAGUCACCUUUCAUUAGGGGGGAAAAAUGGUGCCCCAUCAAUUCUUGGUGCCUUUGGAAAAGACUGGGUUUGAAGUGCCUGGUCGUUUGAGGAUUUUACUGUAAUGUUUUCCAGAAUGUCCUCUUUGGCCACCUUGGAUCGCAAAAGAAAAUCCUAGUGAAUAAAAUGACUGUGGUAGAUAAAUGUAUCAUAAUAUUGAAGUAUUAGCCUACCAAAGACUCACUCAGGCUUUAGUGGACACGACAUCUCUUUGCAAGACAUGCAUAUCUUCAGUCCCAGAAUCAAAGUGCAGUGCAAUGACUGCCCAAGUGCAAAGAUGGGUUCCAAAUAUGCUGGCUUUUUUCUUUUUCUUUUGCGUAUGGAAGAUGUACAGCUGAACACAAGCUGAAGUUGGCCAAAGCGCCUGCGCUGUUACCAUUUUUUUGCGAUGUAAUUCACUAAAAUGAAAAAAAAAAAAAAUUGUGAAUAUCAGAAUAACAGUUAACGAUGUUCUGUCUUGUGUUUCAUGUAUUGCCAUUAUGGUGCUACUGGAAGUUUGGUUGGGUAAAAAGAAAAUGCCAUGAGCUGCAGUCCUCUUCCAUGACUUAUCCUCACCAGUUUUGGUAAUAUGCUUAUAACACUAGUGCCAGUUAUGUUAUUUGGUAAUGCUUGUUACAGUAUUUGUAUAUUUGCAAUUCAGUUUUGCUCAAUAAUAUGCGUGUAAACUGCGUAUCUGAAAUAAAUGU